CAGUGUACAACGAUGCUUGGUGCCGUAGCGUGCGCGUGCGUGUGUGUUUUACUGCUACAAUGUGUCCUGCUCGGUGCAGAAGUUAAUGGUCACUGGGUUCACGUCCCGUCCGAUAAGCAUACAGAAGAAAAUGAAGAAUGCCGAAAAGAAGGGGAAAAUGUUUGGCUGUGUAAGAGAGAUAAGGAUUGCCCUGGAGCCAGAAAGGUGUUACAAAGUGGAGGUAAACUUGUCUCCUGUUUCUGGAAGAAUUCCACGACCCACAUCAUAUGCUGCCCUCCUGUGAAACCUGUGAGAAACCGAGAUACAGUCAGUGAAAAAAAGUGCGCUGAGUUUCAGAAAAGACUGUGCCAGCACCAAGUAUAUGGAUUCUCAAAGCAGUAUACUAGUCAGGUGAACCAAAAAAGUACCUCCAAAUAUAAUGCCAGUACGCUUCCACUGUCUUCAAUUGGAGGCAAACUGUCUAAAGCUAAGGAGUUUCCCAGCAUGGCACUGAUCGGAUAUGAUGAAGAACAGUCUAUCUCCUGGCAGUGUGGAGGGUCUCUUAUCAGUGAGAGAUUUGUCCUCAGCGCUGCUCACUGUUCACUCACCGCCUAUGGGCUAGCUCGGUGGGUGCGCCUGGGAGACCUGGACAUCAGUACAGACAAGGAUGACGCGCGGCCGCAACAGUUCGAGAUCAUCGAGCGUAUCGUACACAGCGGCUACAAGGCGCCCGCCUUCUACAACGACAUCGUCCUGUUCCGUCUGGACAGAGCGGCCGUGUUCGACGAGUACGUGAGGCCGGCCUGCCUUCACACGAGUAUGGCCGAUCUGACUGGCGUGGGCAUAGCUACUGGCUGGGGCCGAAACGAAUCAAAUGGUCCAACAAGCUCCUCUCUAGUGAAGGUGGACCUCAAGUUCCUGUCGAGUGAGGAAUGUCAGCGAGUGGUGGGCACAGUGGAGAGAUACCUGCCGGCAGGGCUGGACACCCAGACAAUGCUGUGUGCGGGCGAACCGGGCAAGGAUACAUGUCAGGGAGAUUCAGAGGGUCCACUGAUGUUAGCUGAUCGAGAGGACCUGUGUCUCGAUAGACAAGUGGGAGUAACAUCGUUUGGUCCCAAGGAUUGCGGUAGGGCUCCAGCUCCGGGCGCCUAUGUCAGAGUAGCUUACUUUGUGCGCUGGAUAGAAUCUGUUGUCUGGCCCGAGUAGCUUCUGAUCCAUUCCUAAUGAUGUAAUAAGUAACUUUACAAUCCUAACGAAGUAUAGGAACAAUGAAAUUAAAAUGCACAUUAAAAUCCAGAUCCAUCGAUA